CGCAGUCUCAACUUUGGCGGAGGUGUCAUGCAGGGACAGAACAUCAACGUUGCUGGGGCUGGCCUCCCUGGCAUUGGCGAGGAGGGUCUUCUAUAAACUGCCUUCUUCGACAGCUUCGUCCUUUAUCUUUGUUUCUUUCUGUUUUCAUGAUUCCCCCUAACGCUUAUCGACUCGACGGAUUUUUCAUGGCCUUUGUCGCUUUUACAUACGAUCUAAUGAACGGUUCGGAGACUUGGAGUUCAAUGUGGUGUUCGCUUCAUAUUUCACUUGAUGUCGACCGCCAUUGAAUGGACAAAAGGUCCUGAUGCUCUGACUACAGUUGAGAAGACCGCAUACGAUUACUCCUUUUUCAGAUUUCCGCUGUUCUUGUCGGUUUCAGAAGAGAACAGAGAUAUUUCGGUUUUUUCUUUCUUUUUUCACUUGGAAUUCGUUUGGGAGCACAAAAAAAUUGGGUCUAAAAAUUUUCUUUUUAUUGUUCAAGGGUGGUUUUGUCGUCUUGCUCCAACGCAUAUCUUAUUUAGUUAUGGCUUUUUGUUGGAGGAAAAGUUGCUUUCUAGACGAGCCAAUGUCUUGUCUUGGAACGUUUUGAACAGUGCCUGGUUCGCAACUGGGGAUCUUUCAGAGCUGAUCCCAGUGCCUUUCUGGCUAUGUAUGGUUCAUGAUUCCAUGUCGUUUUGUUUUCGCUUUUCUUUUUUUCGUUCGAAGCGGUUAUCAGAUUCCGGGGCAUUGGAAAAGGCGUCGAUCCUGUAGAUAGACGUGUACCCGGAGUUAUCUUUUCUUUUCAUUUUGCUUGGUCACAUUUCAUAUCGUUACGGUGUUGGAGUUCUUUUGACCUUUUGCUUUUGGUUAGCUAGCUUUUCUUCUUCUGUUUAGCCUUGUUCGCUGCUUUUCGCUUAUAGAACUCGGUGCUUUUUUCUUCUCUCAAUUCAUUUUUUCUCGAUUACCUUGC